CAACCCACGUAGUAUAUUUCCCUCUCAGCAUUCAUAACUACUACAGUUUGGGCAUUUCAAUAAUAACUCAACCUGAUUGUCACUUCUUGUAUACAUGUGGGUUUGUUACUCCCCUCGGACCCGCACCACGCCGUUUGCUGCAAGCAUCAGUAUGCCCCGUCCAGGGUCCAUGAUGCUGUGAAGUUCGUGGUGGCCAAGAUCGCGAAGUGGGCUGGUGGGGUGGUGAUGAUGGAGGAUGACACGCUUCUGACGGGGAAACGGAUGGACGUGGCUAUCCGUCGACCAAUGGAGGGGGAGGCGCAUGCGCUCGAAGUGAGCGUAGUGGACCCUCUCAGAGUUGGAACGAAUGACUAGAAUGAGAGUAUACAGGGGUAUAUAGCUAGUGGGUUGUACUUGUCACGAGAGCUAGGUAGGUAGGAAAACCAUGAAAAUGGCGAGAGGGUUUAGCUAGGAGAAAGUUGACGAGAGAAAAGAGAUCGAGAAUAGAAGAGAGAGGGAUAC